GAAGCUCCACCAGUGAAAGAGAGCACGAGCUCUCACAGUCUCAACCCAUCAAAGAAGAAGAAGAAGAAGCAAUGGGGAGAGACGACGAUGGCGGAGAGGAGUAUCUCUUCAAGGUGGUGAUCAUCGGAGACUCGGCCGUGGGGAAAUCUAACUUGCUCUCCAGGUACGCUCGGAACGAGUUCAAUCCGCACUCUAAGGCCACCAUCGGUGUGGAGUUCCAGACCCAGAGUAUGGAAAUUGAUGGCAAGGAGAUCAAGGCCCAGAUCUGGGACACCGCCGGCCAGGAGCGGUUCCGCGCCGUCACCUCCGCUUAUUACCGUGGUGCUGUCGGCGCCCUCGUCGUCUACGACAUUUCCCGCCGCACUACUUUCGAUAGCGUCGCCCGAUGGCUGCAGGAGCUUGAGACGCAUUCUGACUCCACUAUUGCAAGGAUUCUGGUUGGCAACAAAUGUGAUUUGGAAAAUAUAAGAGAGGUGCCUGUUGAAGAAGGCAAAGAACUUGCCGAAGAACAAGGCCUGUUCUUCAUGGAGACUUCGGCACUAGAUUCUACAAAUGUGAAGACAGCAUUUGAGAUUGUCAUCAAGGAGAUUUAUGCCAAUGUCAGCAGGAAGGUCUUGAAUUCCGACUCUCACAAGGCAGAGCUGUCACAAAACAGAGUCAGCCUCACCACAAACGGCGAGGCAAAGCAAACUUCAACCAGGUUCUCUUGCUGCUAGAAAUCAUGGCUUUCUUGUCGAAAAUUAUAGGAAAUGUCUAUAACAAGGGGUUUCUCUUGGUGUUCAGUUAAUUUUUGAGACGCAUUCAUGCCUUCCUGUAAUUGAAGAAUAAGUGAAGAGUUUUUCAUCACAUUUGAAUAUGUUUUGUUUAACAAUGGAAUGUGGCAUUUUAAUUUUGUGUUCUAA